AUGUCGAGCAAAAUUGAAGAAGCUCAGGAACAUAUCCGACAAGCUGAAAAAUGCUUGAAAACGUCGCUGCUAAAAUGGAGACCGGAUUACGAUAAUGCCGCUGAAGAAUAUAACAAAGCAGCCACCUGCUUUCGGAACGCAAAGUCGUUGGACCAGUGUCGUGACUGCUUGAUGAAAUCUUCCGACUGUCAUCGUCAGAAUCGCGCCCUGUUUCACGCAGCCAAGUGUCUCGAUCAAGCUAUACUGAUAUGCAAAGAAAUGAAUAACCUCGGUGAUAUACGUAAGCUGGCCGAGCGGUCGUGUAAUCUCUACCAGCAACACGGUUCGCCGGAAUCAGGCGCGACUGUAUUGGAUAAGGCGGCUAAGAUACUGGAACAAACGCACCCGGAGGAUGCGCUACAGCUGUACAAGCAGGCAGUCGAUGUUGUUACGAUUGAGGACUCGACCCGCCAAGGCGCAGAGUAUGCUAGCAAAGUGGCACGAAUUAUGGUUAAGCUCGGUAUGUAUGAUCAGGCCGCAGAUGCUAUUAGGCGCGAGAUCGGACUGCAUCAGCAAGUCGGAUCGGAUGGCGCCAUUGGGCGGCUAGCCGUGGCAUUGGUGCUUGUACAGCUUGCCCGCGGGGAUUAUGUUGCCGCUGAGAAAGCCUUCAAGGAAUGGGGUAACUGUUGCGAUGCUGCAGAAGUCCAAACGUUGGAAUCGUUGCUGCAGGCAUACGAUGAUGAGGAUCCGGAACUAGCGCAACGAGCGCUCUCCUCACCUUUCAUCCGGCACAUGGAUGUGGAGUACGCAAGAUUGGCCCGCGAUUUACCGCUUCCCAAGGGUGUUUCCAUCGCACCGAAAGCGAAUGUCAUCGAAAAUGCGGCAGCCUCUUAUGUUUCCCCCAACAGUGGUGCGUCGGGCGAUACUACCGCCAAACCAUCGGCGGGUCCGGCUGGUGAUGAUGAGGACGAGGGUGGCCUGUGUUAG